CGUUCAGUUAACUAAAGUCGGUCGAUCUGAGCGGUUCGUGAAGAAAACUAUAUACCACAAAAGAACGAGAACCAUGAGGGGCCUCAACCUAAUAAUCGCUGUGAUAACGACACUCGUUGUCACCCAGCUGGACAGCAGUUUGGGGCUACAAUGUCUUAGCUGUAGUUCGACGGAUGCCAAUUGUCUCACAAACCCAAGUAGCGUAACCGGUGUGGAUUGCUCCAGUAACAAUUGCUUUACCGCCACAGCUGCCAAUGGAACGGUUAGCCGUGGCUGUCUACCCGAUGGCCAAACUACCUGUACCGACUCCACCAGUUGCCAGAUUUGCAAUACGGACAAAUGCAACACCAACACCGUGUGUUACAAAUGCACCGGCGAAUCAUGCAACACGGUGACUGAUGCCAUGCUCGCGGUCUGUUCCACCGAUACCUCGAAAUGCUACACCACCGGGUGGAGUGCCACCAACAUGACCCGCAGUUGCACGGCAGACACUACGCAGACGUACAAGUGUCCGGCGGACGCUACAGACCCCAGCUGCUCCAUCUGCUCGACGGCUCAGUGCAACAAAGUGGCGUACCAGCGGGAAGAGGGAUCUUGCAUUACGUGCCCCAACUGUGUUGAAGCUCAGGAGGCCAGCGCGGGACAAGCAUGCACGAUCCUCUACAACCAGACCUUUACGGGUUGCUACACGACCACGGCGGGCGCCCGAGGAUGCCUGAACAAUCUGGAGGGUGGAUGCACGGAUGCCACUACGUGCCAGUCCUGCACCGCUAACAACUGCAAUACCGCCGCCGGGCCCUUCAAGUGCAUCGCGUGCUUGUCAAACGAGGUCAGCGGCUGCUGGACCGGCGAAGGAACAGAACUGCCAUCAGUGGACUGUGCCAAUGGCACCUGCUUCAGCGGAGUUUGGAAUGGUCUUGGGGUCCGCAACUGCAUAACCGCUGGCAGCGAACUGAUGCAGUAUCAGUGCAUCAAUAAGGUGGAGCCCUACCGGUGCCAAACCUGCACUACUUCACUUUGCAACAAGGAUAGCUUUAAUGGAUCCGGCUCCCUCAGUCAGAUGGGCGUGGUCGGUCUGUUUCUGGGUCUGUUGGUUGUCCUGCGAAGUGCCUAGUCGGGUUUUUUUUUUUUGGUAAAACCAUCAUCAGAUCUAUGACAAAAUUAUAUUAAUAUCGAAGCUAAUUAGGCAAACCAUUGUGAAACCAAAUAAAAUAUAAAUAACAUAA